AUGUUCUCUACCGGAUUCGAUAUUUCCGACUACGUAAACAUGAACGUUUUCGAACAAAUCGAUUUUUCCGACUACCUCAAUCCGGACACGUUCGAAGACGACGUCUCUGAGGACGCUGAGGCGAGGGGAUCUCUGCGAGCGACCGAGUGCGAUGUUGAAAGCCGCACAUCCCCGGAGACCGACAUCCUCAGCACCAACCCCGAGUCAUUUCAUCAGCCUAUGCAACGAGCCCAAGACCCAUACCUCUUCGAAGCCCCGCAGUUUCCUACCGCGCCGUUCGAGGAUGAAAUCAAUGCUCCUCAAGAAGCGACUGGAGGCGAGACCGUACUCUCCCUGCAGGUCAAUGCGCCGGGAUACGCGAAUAAGGUGGCCAUCUACGUGGUGGCACGGGGCGAAGCCGAGGGUGAUGGAAUAGAGUCCUCUGAGGAAACGGAUCAGAGCUCUGCAGCCUCUCAGAGCGAUGAUGACCAGUCGCUUCCGCAACCAACGCCCUCCACCUCGCAGCCCACCUACGUCAAGUGCUCUCAAGGUCACCAGCAGUCUCUCCUUUUGACGGAUGCUACGGAAAGGAAACGGAAUAACAAGGAGAACGUGCCUCCUCUCAGGCCUGUAGUCGCCAGACGUGAGGCUACCGCGGCUCACUCCGUCCUGCCUGCGGUCGCGCCUCGCCGUAGCCUUCGUGUCCGCGAGCAACAACCAGUGGCAGGGCCCUCUUCUGUCACCCUGGACAGUCCGGCGUCGGACGAGUCGACGGGGCCUGACUCAGAUCAAGAACUGGCGGCUCCUACCAAACGUCACAGGAGCACGAAGGCCGAGGUCAACUCCAUGGAGAUUAUCCCUUGUAAGGCGUCCGUAUGCGGUCUCGACGGCGCAGACUGCAAGCACAAGCUUGGGAAACCUACGGAGAACAAGGCGCACAUCAAGAAGGCGCAUCCCUCACUCAUCCCGCCCACCGCCGGUACCGCUGCCUCAACAACAGGCCCGCUGUAUCACCAUGGAGUGCUCCAGACCGACGAACAGAUCCGGGACCUUGUCGCGAAGGGCGCGCUCGCAGGUACGUGGGCUGCUGCGUCCGGGGAUGAGCUUUGCGGGUCCGUGUGCUAUGGGACUACUGCGCAGGCUGGCCUCGCGCGCCAUGUGGAGGAGAUCCACUGGGGGCGGAAGUGGGGAUGCGAUGAGUGUACUCCGCGUCGCCCGUUCAGCUCUCAGCGUGCCCUUCAAAAGCACAGGGCAGACAAGCACACCGGCGCGGCUGCUGCGAAUGUUCCGCAGGAUGCAGGAGUGCGCGAGGGAGAUGGAGGAGUUAAGGAAGAAGAGAACCGGCCUAUCAAGAGAAGGAGGCUGUAG